AUGUGGGGCCGGGGUCGCUUCACUAGAGGGUCUGCGGUGGAAAGUGUGAGUUUUUCAGGAACUGUCAAAAUGGAUGAAGAUCCACAUUACAAUAAAGUUGAAGAUGUUGUUGGAAGUCAUGUAGAAGAUGCAGUAACAUUUUGGGCACAGAGUAUCAGUAGAAAUAAAGAUAUUGUGAAGAUUGGUUGCUCAUUGUCUGAAGUUUGUCCCCAUGCCAACUCAGUUUUUGGAAAUCUUGAUCCAAAAAAGUAUCUGGUGACAUACAUUGACUAUGGAAAUACUGAAAUUCUAAAUCGAUCUGAUAUAGUUGAGAUUCCUUUAGAGCUGCAAUUUUCCAGUGUUGCCAAAAAAUACAGACUCUGGGGACUACAAAUUCCUUCUGGCCAAGAAGUUACCCAGUUCGAUCAGGGCAGAACGUUUUUGGGGAGCUUGAUUUUUGAAAAGGAAAUAAAAGUGAGAAUUAAAGCAACCUAUCAAGAUGGAACAGUUAUUGCUCAGGCUGAGUAUGGCAAUGUAGAUAUAGGCGAAGAGGUGGCUAAGAAAGGAUUUGCAGAAAAAUGCAAACAAGCUUCCAGCACUAACAUCUGUGAGGAAAAAAAGUCAGAUACUGGCCAGCUUGCUCUCAGGAACCUCAAAAGUCCCAUUCCCUUGUGGGGGCAUCGAUCAAACCAAUCAGCCUUCAGCAGGCCAAAGGGACGCUCAAAUGGGAGGCUGACUCUUGACUUGAAGAAUGAAAAUGCAGGAAAUCAUGUGACAUUUCCAAAGGAAAGUUUGACUGCCAGUGACUUUAACUUAGGGUCCAAUGUUAGCCUGGCAAAAAUUAAGCAGGAUCAGAAACUGAUUGAAGAAAUUGAAAAGCUUAAAACAGAAAAGGAGGUUCUUCUUGAAAGCUAUAAGGCAUUAGAAUUGAAAGUAGAACAGACUACGCAGGAGCUGAAGCAAGAGAAAGCAACUACUUUGGAUUUGGCUAAAAAUUUAGAAAGUACUCUAAAGGUGCGUGUAGGCACCAGAAUGAAAGAUCUAGCAGCUAAGGUUGAAAUAUUGAAAGAAUUUAGGCGUGUGAACAUCAGUGUUCGUUUUGGAGAUGACCUUUCAGAUGCUGUACAAGUAUUGGAUGAAGGAUGCUUAACUACCCCAGCCUCUUUGAAUGAAUUAGAGAUAAUUUGGGCAGAAUACAAUCUGGCUCAGAAGAAGAUUCACAUUUGUCAGAAUGUGAAUGAAGGGAAUAUUUUGAUUGCUAGAAGAAAUGAAGUGCAACAGAAGCUUUACAAGGCAGUAGAAGGUUUUAUUCUGGAAGUAGAUGAGUUACCUCUUAAUAAACGCUUGAAAACAUUGCAGGAUUUGUCAGCCUCCUUAGAAGCAGUGUAUGGACAGGCCAAAGAAGGGACAGACUCUGAAGAAAUACUUAAGAAAUUCUAUGCAUGGAAGUGUGGUAAAAGAGAGGAGUUAACCAGCAUUAGAAAUGAAACACAGGCUUCUCUACAACGUCUUGUAGGAUGGUUCUACAGCACCUUAAAGGUUUUUGAUCUAACUGCGGAAGAAUCACUGACUGCUGAAGACACAAUUGAUAAUGUUGAUGAAAUCCUAGAGAAGACUGAGUCAAGUGUCUGCAAAGAGUUGGAAAUGUCUUUGAAUGACCAAGGUGAUGCAGGCAAGGAGAUAAUUUUAAAUACGUAUAGUCAAGUACUGCAAAAGAUUAAUUCAGAAGAAAGGCUCAUUGCCAUAAUACAAUCUAAGUACAAGGACAGUGUUGAGUUUAAGAAGCAGAUGACCGAAUGGUUAAAUAAAAGUCCCAAUGUGGAUCAUUUGCUCUCCAUUAAGAAGACAUUGAAAGGCUUGAAAGCUCGACUGAGAUGGAAGUUGGUUGAAAAGAAUAAUUUGGAAGAAUCUGAUGACCAUGAUGUAUCUGAAAUUGAGAAAAUAAAACAAGAAAUAAUUCAGUUGCGCGAUAGUGUCUUUCAGGAAAUUUAUCAUGAACAGGAAGAAUAUGCGAAGCUGAAUAGCUUGGUACAGAAAUGGUUCCCUGAGCUGCCUCUGCUUCAUCCUGAAAUUGGAUUACAUAAAUACAUGAACUCUGAUGGUCUUCUUACCAUGAGCUUGGAACGAGAUCUUCUUGAUGCUGAGCCCAUGAAGGAACUUAGCAGCAAGCGGCCUCUGGUAUGUUCUGAGGUUAAUGGGCAGAUGAUUCUUUUAAAGGGCUAUUCUGUGGAUGUUGACACAGAAGCCAAGGUGAUUCAUAGAGCGGCAGCUUAUCACAGAGCUUGGAGAGAAGCUGAAGAAGAAUCUGGGUUACUACCAUUGAUAUUCCUGUUUUUGUGUAAGUCUGAUCCUAUGGCUUAUCUGAUGGUCCCAUACUAUCCCAGGGCAAACCUGAGUGCUAUUCAAGCCAGUAUGCCUUUAACUUCAGAAGAGAUUUUAAAGGUCAUGAAAGGUGUUGCCCAGGGUCUGCAUACAUUGCACAAGGCUGACAUAAUUCAUGGAUCACUUCAUCAGAACAAUGUAUUUGCUUUAAACCGUGAACAAGGAAUUGUUGGAGAUUUUGACUUCACCAAAUCUGUGAGUCAGCGUACCUCAGUGAACAUGAUGGUUGGUGAUUUAAGUUUGAUAUCACCUGAGUUGAAAAUGGGAAAACCUCCUUCUCCAAGUUCAGACCUGUAUGCUUAUGGCUGCCUUUUAUUGUGGCUUUCUGUUCAAAGUCAGGAAUUUAAGACAAAUGAAGAUGGGAUCCCAGAAGUGGAUCAGUUUCAUCUGGAUGAUCAUGUCAAAUCCCUCCUCUUUACCUUGAUUUCUUGUAGAAGUUCAGUGACUGCUGAUCAAGUUUUGAAUGCUGAAUAUUUCUUGCUACCAAAGGUGAAAUCAGUUCCAAACCCAGAAAAAAAUACUGGAUAUACCAAAUAUAUAGAGGAAGAAGAAUUAGAGAUGGAAAACUUGAAUAAAUAUAAGGAAAAGACAAACGGAGAAACUAACUGUGAUUGA